AAGGCUAACUUAGAUCAAGGGCUGGUUUUUUCCUUCUGUUUUUUUUUUUUUUUUCUGUUUCAUAGGCUAAGACAAUAGCUUUAUUUAUACCAAAAAAAAAAAAAACACUCCUUUUGUUGGGUUUUAUUUACUUUGUUUAAUGUUUCCAUCAAAAAUGGGAUCAGAAGCAAGUGAAAACAGAAGCAAAGAAAUGGAGAAUCUUUCUUUGCAAACAGAAAAUUCCCCAAGAAACCUGUUACAAAGAUUCAUGUCAAGAGAAACACUAGAUUCAACAAGAAGUGAAGGUGAAGAUGAUGAAGAUGAAGAAGAAGUGGAGCUGAAUCUUGGGUUAUCAUUAGGAGGCAGAUUUGGUGUUGAUAAGCAUGCAAGUAAGUUGAAAAGGUCAUCAUCUAUUGCUGGUUCAAUACCAAUAUUUAGAGAAGAUGAUAGUGCCAAUGCUCCACCACCAUCUGUUCAUCACCCAACAACUCUCAUCAGAGCCUCUUCUUUGCCCACCGUGACUGAGGAAGAGUGGAGGAAGAGAAAAGAGUUGCAGACCCUAAGAAGGAUGGAAGCUAAGAGGAGAAGAAGUGAGAAGCAGAGGAUUUCAAGAGGGAAAAUGGAGGAAAGUAAAGGGCUUCAAGGAGCUAGAAAUUCUGGUGAAGCAAGAAGCUCUGGUAGUGCUUCAUCCUUGCAAGAACAAGGCGAUUCAGAGGCAGCUACCGGUUCUUCAGGGACAAAGACGAGUGGGAGUGAAAGAACUCUGGGACUGAUAGGCGAGACAGUCGAAAAUAAGGAGAAAGAAGGGGGAAAGGCGAUGGAAGAUAUGCCUCAUGUGUUCACAAAGGGAGAAGGUCCUAAUGGGAAAAGAGUAGAUGGGAUUUUAUACAAGUAUGGGAAGGGAGAGGAAGUGAGGAUAAUGUGUGUAUGCCAUGGCAAUUUUUUUUCUCCAGCUGAGUUUGUAAAGCAUGCAGGUGGUGGUGAUGUGGAUAACCCUCUUAGGCAUAUAGUUAUUAACCCUUCCUCUUCUUCCCUUUUGUAAUGUGGAGUAUAUGGCAACCCCCCACAAAAAUGGGGCACUGUAAGUGAAAAGUUUGAAAAAAACAAAUUCUUUGCAAUGUCUACAAUAGUUAAUUUACUCUUGCCGAUUUUCGACUGCCUAUUUUCGGAUUCUGCAGUUUCCUAGAAAAAAAAAUCUUGAUACCAUCAAAGUAAAAGAUCAGCAUCUCAAUCUAUGAGGAAAAGAUUAUAUUGUGAUACUAAACCUGCCUCAGUCAGCAUUAGAUAUGCAAAGUUUGUUAUGAUUUGUACACUUUGAGCUGUUCCUUCUAGAUCAAGUCAUGCACCUAGAAACCAUAUUAUCAAACUGAAGAAGGUUGAAUUCGUUUCAACCUUUGGACAACUUGCCUCAUGGUUGGUCUGGUCGAGAGGCUAUCAACUGUACACGUGAUGGCCAAGUGCAGCAGUUCUACCAGAUCAUGAUGAGGACCU